AUGACCAGCACUGGCGACCGUCCAUAUGAUCCAUAUAUCCCCAGCGAGUCUGCGGCGGCAGGUGGACCAGCUGCCAGCCAGGCAGCACCAGGAAAUCAGAGGACAGCUGCGCUACAAGCCCAAAUUGACGACACCGUCGGUGUGAUGCGAGAAAACAUCAACAAGGUCUCACAGCGUGGUGAACGAUUGGAUUCUCUCCAAGAUAAGACUGAUAACCUCGCCGUAUCAGCUCAAGGCUUUCGGCGCGGUGCCAACAGGGUGAGGAAACAGAUGUGGUGGAAAGAUAUGAAAAUGCGAAUGUGUCUUAUUGGUGGAAUAGUAAUUUUGCUCAUUGUCAUCAUUUCGUCACAUCCAAGCACUAAGGCUCUUCGUUUACGACAGGAAGCUCGCACGCAGGUGAGCUCUAGAGAAAUUCUGGACGCUGGUAUGUACAGAAAAGUGUAUCUGAAGCUUCAAAAAUGGUUUGCCGUUCUUCAGUGA